AUGAAGAUGAUCAAUGAGCCCCAGACAGACCUGAGUGUUAUUGUCACGAGUGAACGAGUCUUUUCAUUACCAGUGAGUUCAGAGUGUUGUUUGAGCCGUCCACAGAGCCUGUACGCGUCGGUCAGCUCCUCCCUCUGGGUGAUGGACUCUGACAUGGGUACAGGCCACAUAGAUGGGGUCCAGUUGGUCUGCCAAGAAGGAGUCCCGCAGAUGCAUCCUCUGCUUCUCCCCCCUGGAGUUGAUGGGGAUCACCCCAGGGUCUACGAUGACCACCACCCCCACGAUGAGGUGGUGUUCCUCCAGGACCACAUUGGUGACGAGCGGCACCAGGUCCAGGGCCUCCUGCUCCGAGCCGCUGAGCUCUGCCACCACCACCAGCAGGUUGGUCCAUGUAAACACGGCACUGUGGGAGCGAGAGGGGUUACAUUGGUUGCGGAUGUCCGGCACCGCGUUCCGAGCGCAUUUCAAGAGCCUCACCUCUCUGCAAUGCUGCGAUGGGCUCGGGACACAGACGUCUCAAUGUCGAUGGGGUGA